AUGGCUUCGGUGACUUCGUUGGACAAGGACCUGCGCAACAUGCGCCUGGCCCGCUAUACCCCGCAGGCAGCCGCAGAGGUGCGCGACUGGAUUGAGGAGGUGCUGCAUGAGAAACUGGCAUCGCCGGAUUUGCUCGAUGGCCUAAAAGAUGGUAUCGCGCUGUGCAAGUUGGUAAACCUCGCUGUGUCACCGGGCGUGAAGUAUAAGCAGUUGUCGGCGCCGUUCGUACAGAUGGAGAACAUCUCGCAUUUCCUACGCGCAUGCCAGAUGGCACCCCUCAAUCUUCCCCCUCAUGAUGUCUUCCUGACAGUUGAUCUCUACGAAGCGAAGGAUCCGGCGCAAGUCCUCCAGUGUCUAGCGGCCUUCAGUCGUCGCGCUAAUACUCUUGCGCCGAACAAGUUCCCUCGUACUGUUGGUCCGCAGAGUAAGCGCGGUGUAGUGAGCCCGAAUGCGACGGGAUCUUCAAGCACUGGCGUGUAUACACCCCGGUCGAACCGCUCCUCUAGCAAUGCCACCGAUGCGCGGUCUACGCUUCACUCUCGAUCAGACAGCCCCGCGAAGCCUUCUGGAUCAUACAGCACUUGGGCCAAUAGGGGUGAUGAGCAGGACACCACGCCAGCUUGGAAUAUUCAUCAAUAUGGAUACAUGGGCGGAGCUAGCCAAGGGAAUCAGGGGGUUGCAUUUGGCGCUCGCCGGCAGAUCACCACCCCCGGCCCUGCUGUGCCCAGUCUGGCGGAGAAAGAGAAGCGUAGGCGCGAAGAGGAAGAGCGCAUCCGCCAGGAAAAUGCAGCGAAGGAAGAAGCAGAUCGGGCUCACCAGCGAAAGAUGCAAGAAGAAGAGGCUCAGGCAAAAUUAGAAGAGGAGCGCCGAUGGGAGGAAGAGACUGCUCGUGUGAGAGAAAAGGAGCGCCUCAGAGUAGAAGCAGAAAAAAAACUCUGGGAUGAGGAAAAGCGCCAGUGGGAAGCGGAGGAGCAGCGCCGUAUGACAGAAGAGAAGGAAGCCGAAGAGCGAUUCGAGCAGGAACGACAAAAAAGGCGCAGUCUCAACGAUACUCGUCUCAACGGUCAGUUCCUGAGUCAGUACCAGGCCUCCAACUCCCAGAUUAGUGAUGCCACCAGCGGAGCGAAAUCGCCCGAGGAAACGCCCGAAAGCCGCCGCAUCAAAGAGCUCGAGCGCGAGCUCCAGCUGGCAAAGGAACGGGAGCGCCUGUACGAGACCGAACGUCAGGAAGUCCAGACCCGAAAUACCGGAGAUCAACCUGAGCCUCGCAGCCAAAGUCGCCCUCAACCGGUGCCUCCCAAGCCUAGCUACGAUCUCUCUUCUCUUGAACAGGAACGGCGACUUCUUCGCACAGAGUGGCAAAAUAACCAGGACAUGCCAGCUACGGCCGAGGUAGAGGAGCCCAAACCCAUCGAGCAAGCACCACUACCACCCUCUCGCCCACUGCCGGAGCCAAAGCCAGCAUCUUUCUCCGCACAGCCAGCACUUCCUCCCAGGGACCUACCUGCAACACCCCGGCCACUUCCAGACCCAUUAGCAUAUAACACCAAUCGGAGCCGCGAAACUCGCGUGGACAACUUCCUCGCCUCAAACCCCGCGCCUGCAUCUCCAGCCCCAGCCUCCCACCGCUUCCAGGACUACACCACGACCUCCGAGGUCGACGCUGAGAACAGUCGCCGCGAAGCUUCGCAGCAGAAGACCAAGGCCGGCGGAUGGGCUUCAAAGUCCCUGCUGGAACGAGAAAUGGAGCGCGAACGCGCCCGCCAACAGGAGUGGGAGGAGAACCAGAAGCAGACGCAGGCUGCAGCACGCGACGGUACUCAAGGCUCGGGACCCGGUCAGACCUGGGAUGUCCACCAGUAUGGCUACAUGGGCGGUGACAACCAGAACCGUGGUGGAGUUGGCCUUGGUAUUGGUGGUGCUAGGCGCCAGAUUAUUGGCCCCCGGCCGCCGCGGUAA